CCUGAAACUAUUCUUUUAAAGUAUCAACGGUUUGAUCCCAACUCGUAUACCCUGACUGUAUCCGAUGGUAAUGCUGGUAUUGAUUUGAUCGCUACCACAGAAGAGACCCUGCUCCCAUAUAGUUCCAAAACUAUAUAUACUAACAUCCGGGUCCAAUUGGCUAGAGGUUAUUUUGGUAAAAUAUAUGGUCGUAGUAGUUUGGCUCAUAUGUAUUCCAUUAUAGCAUUUUGUGGUGUCAUUGAUAAUUCUUACCGAGGUAAUAUUUUUGUUAUCUUAUUUAAUAUGGGAAACAAAAAAUUCACGGUUAAGCCUGUCAGUUGUCAAAAACUGACCGUGGUGAUUGUGGACUCGGAU